AUGGCACCGUCUAAGGACAGUUGUAGAGCUGGCACAGGUGGCACAGAUGGCAAGGGUGGCAGGGAGCGGGGAGCAGAGUGUGGCAGUUGGCUUUCAGUCAGCGGCGCCAACGCUAAUCAAACGGGCCAAGUUAACAUAAGCACUUCUGGCCAUGUCGUUGUCAUUGACGAGUCGCCGUCGCUACAAGACGACGCCGGCGACAACAAAACAACAACGACAGCAACAACACCAACUAUAAUAUCGGCAACAACAUCAGCAAUACGCAAACAACACUCUCUGAUUGAGUCGGCAUCCAGCCACGCCCACUGCAACGUGGCCAGAUACACGGCCCAGCAGCGUGGUUACCUCUCGCGUGGUCUCUCCGUUGGCCGUUCCAUAGAGAGUAUACGCCAGAAGCUGUAUGCAUCGCCAGCGCCCAUCGUGGGCAGCCUGAGUCGCCAGACAUCCUUGGCCCUGGGGGAGUCCACAACGACAAGACUUGCCGGCCGGCUGGCAACCACAGAGGCCACACAGGAGCUGGGCGUACGCUUGAGGGAGAAGAGUCUGGUCGCCUGGUCAUCCACAACCUCGCUGCAAAGAGCUGGUAUGCCACAGCAGCAGCAGCAGCAGCAGCAGCAGCAGCAUCAGUGGCUGCCGGAUGACCAGAAACCAGAUCAAACGGAAACAGACAAUGCCAAGAAUCGCAUCAAUCUGAAUAUUGUGCUGGCCCAAACAAUACGCGCCACCAACGAGCAGGAGCCGCUACACAGUGAUCUCGACGAGACCAGUGAGCUCUGCAAGGAACCGCCAACAACAGCAGCAGCUGCAAGGGCCAACUGCAAUCCGGCUGCAAUUGCAACAGCAAGUCUCAGUCCAAGUCUGGUCGAGGAGAACGUUUCGUGCGCUUUGACGGUGCAGCGGCGACCGCCUUUGGUGCGUGCUAUGUCCGCUCCGGUGCGCCUGGACGAGAACAGCAAGAGCGGUGUCCUGGCCAGCCUUGCUGCCGGCAAGCGCAGCCAGCAGCAGAAGUUGCGGCGUCGCAAGAUCUUCACACGUGCCACCUCCUCGGUGGCGGUGCCGGUCGAUGGUAGUCCACUGCUAGGCGCCGAUGCCAGCGGCUCCAACAACAACAACAGCAGCAACAAGAAGUCAUUGAGUCGUGCUCGGAGCGUCAUUGCACCGGAUGUGAUUACGCUCGUCUCGCUGCUGAGCUCCGAGGGCAGCGAUUCGGAGCGCGAGGAGAACUCCUCCUCCGCCCAUUCCACGCCCACGGGCAACGAGAAGAAGCAGCUGCAUUCCUCAACCACAUCGCAGCGCAGUCCGCAGCGAAGGGCGCCACUGCUGCGCAAAACGGGCAAAUCGGUCUCGUUUCAAGACAGCUAUCCGCCCACCUUCCAACUGGCCUCCAAGGAGUACUCGCACAUGAUACGCCGCGGAUCGAUUGCGCCGCUGGCAGCGCGAAUUCGAGCAAAUCGUCCGCCGACGGCGCCACCCGUUUCCAUAUUUCUCAGCGAGCCGGGCAGCAAGUCGAGCAAUCAAAUGGAUGCCCGCCAGCAGACAGAGGCGCCCGGCUCACCCACAGAGGAGGCCAAGAAGGAGAAUAAUUCGUCCAACUGCAAUGUGCAACAACAGCAACAACAGCAGCAACAGCAGCAGCAGCAAGAGGAGCAGCAGCAGCAGCAGGAUUACAAUUUCCCGUUGUAUGUGUGCAGCAUCAAGGAGCGGGAGUGCUGGAAACUGCAUCAGAAGAUGUGCGCCAAGGGUGUCAGUGUUAGUUACGAUACCGUGCUGCGUGGCAUGUUGACACCCACGGAAUUCCGGCACUUUCAAAAGCAGCGCGAGCACGAGGAGGCCAAGGUGCAGGAAGCCGCCGAUGCUGAGGCGGAGGCAGCCGCGGCGCUCACUGAGAAGGAUGCUAAGAAAACGCCAUCGACGGCCAUUGAACGCCUCUCCGAGUCCUUGCUGCAGCGAGAGUGAUGAGGGGCAGGUGGCAGAUGGGAGGUGGGAGGUGGGAAAGCCGUGUGGAAGUGGACCAAAUUAUGCAUUUGCCCCCAUUCAAAAGAUAUCCGACACUGCAGCAGCAUCUUCAGCUGUAGUCGUAGUAGAGAGCACUUGUUAACGGUCACCCUGCUGAGGCACAACGUCGCAACGCAUCCUAGUUGUAUCCUGUAGUUGGUAGUUGUAUUUGGUAGUUGUGGCAAGUAUCUUAACGCUUAAGGACGUUGUGCUGGCCAAUCGCAACUGAAACUAGCUGAGAACAAAUAA